AUGUCUUCUGCCACCUUCACCCAGACGAGAAACUCUGCGUUGUCGCUCGAGAAACAGACCGAGGUCCUCUUGGUGCGAUAUUCCAAGCUCCAACUGGUGGGAAACUCCAUCGAGGCCAACGAUGAUGAGUCGUCGUUGGUGGCCCAGAUCUCCGACUUGCUCCAGAAACGAGAGGAGGUCAUAGGUAACUUAAACCGCAUCAGCGAGGUGGACGCUACCAUCUCUACGUCUAAACUACAGCAAUUGCAGCGCCAUCGUGAGAUCUUGGCCGAGCACCGGUCGUCUUUUCUGAAAAUGCAGACGAAGAUUACCGACGAGCGGAACCGCAACAAUUUGUUAUUUCUGAUUCAGUCGGACAUCUCAGCGCAUAAGCAGCGCAAUGUAUCUUCUGCUGCCACCAACGAAGACGACUACAUCUUGGACGAGAGGCGCAGGGUCGACACGGCCAAUUCGUUUGCUGACCGACUCUUGCAACUGGCCUACGAGACGAGAGAUGAGCUUAUGGGACAAAGACAGUAUCUCCAGAAUGCAACUUCAAGGAUUCAAGGAACUUUACAGUCAAUUCCGGGAAUCAAUGUGUUGGUUUCCAGGAUCAAUACCCGUAGAAAGAGAGAUACGCUUAUAAUGGGCUUUGUCAUUGCCUUCUGCAUAAUUGGUUUAUUCUUCUUUGCAUGA